GACAUUCAGACACGUAAAACAAAAUUCUUAUUAACAUCAAAACGAUAGUAUUAUUCAAUUUCGCCAUUCCCAAAAUCCCAAGUAUUUCGUGCAUAUUUGCGAAAGUUUUUGGAUUCAAAUUUUUUUAGUUUGCAUAGAAAUCUAAAAAAAAAACAUUAACCACACACAAUUGACGAUGCCGUUUCUUGCCACAGUUAACAAUGCAUGCAAGGCAUCAGGAAAACUGCGAACAGCUGUUCGCAUGAUUGACCACUGCAAAACUUAUGGGACGACGGUUGCGCCAUUUAAGGACUUGCACAAAAGUGCAUUUUCAGAAAACAAUUUCACUGAAUUAUGUGAUGUGAGCAAUCAGACAAUGAAGUCCGUUGUCGGAAAACGUUGCAUCUCUUCUACCAACGUCCUGGAAUUAGCAAACCAGCGUAAAUGGCCUGGAGAAAGUGGAGAAAAGAAGAAAUCCCGGAAGGGUCAUUGGGAGCGCAUUGACCACGACUGUAAAAAAAUGCAAGGCGCAAUUCUGUCCCAAGCUGCGACUGCUCCGUUGAAACAUCCCCGGGGUCCACAUGAAAUAAAAAAGUGUGUGGGCAGUUCCUUUGCUGGUGGAUGUCAUGUUCAACCACAGUGUUAUUCUUUUCCUACGUCAACUAAAGAACAAAUCGGAUGUGAUGUCGACAAAGUAACCUCGUUCCAAGAAAAUGAAGUAAGGAUCUUCUCCCCCUCGAAAGCGCUUUUACAGCACAGUCAACCUUCCGAAAAUUCUCUUGAGUCGUCUGCGUUGGUGAACUCGAUAUUCUGCAUUAUCAAUGAAGUUAUAAUGAUAGCUUCUUUUUACAUUACUUCCUGUAUGUCCUGGCAAGAACUGUCCAAAGAAAAUGGUGUUUGCAACAAAGUCGUCCCAUUUCUUUUAAACUUUAAGGGAAAUAACGAGGACGAAAAUCAAAAUGAGAAUCGAGUGUUAGUGAGAUCUUCCAAGCGGCAAGGAACUUCAACAUUACUAGCUUCCUCAGCAAAACUAGCAACUACUGGAUUCAUGAAAUACUCAACGACUUCGCAUUCAUCCGGCUUAGAUCAGGCCUCAGGAAGUCAAGGGUCUGAAGAAACUGAGACUAGAAAAAAUCAUCCGGAACCUCGAAACUCUUCAAGUGUUAAGGGGAAGGACAUUACAACUGGAGAGCCAGCUGUUUUGAACCUAUUUGAAAUGCUUUCGAUUUUCGGUCAUAUUAUCACCCCUCCAUUGUACAGCCGGAGUGAUGAUGGAGGAAAGCCAGGGCAAGGUUCAGAUAAAAACCCAAAUCAGGAUCACAAAGGUGGUAAGUCCGGGGAAAAUCCAGCAACGUCAAUUGAUUGUAGUAAAUAUGUGAAUGGCAAAGGUACAGGCGAGAAGGAAGCCAUUAAAAGAUCGGCGUCAUCAGAGCCAAUAGAUUGUAGUAAAUACAAAAUUGAAGGGACAGAUGACAAGAAAGCUGAUGCGCAUAAAAUGCCGGAGAUUGAUUGCAGCAAGCAUCAAACAGAUCAAAGUAAAAAUACUGAAAAGGCAGAUAGUGGUAGUAAGGUCGAAAAGAUUGAAAAGGAUGGGGUCAAAGGAAGGUCCCAGGGACCAGCAAUGGCAGGAAAGCCAGAAUCGAAGUUUGAACCAAUAGACUGUAGCAAAUACAUCGAGAAAAAGGACUUAAAAAGUGCAGGAAUUGAAUCAGAUGCUGGCAAAAAGGCAACUGAAAAAUCAAAAGAAGGACAAAGCGUUACAGGACUUUGUGAUGGAAAAAAGUCAGGAGAAAGCACCCCAGAAGGAAGACCCGAGUACAAAGCGCCCACCGCAAAAGCAUCUUCAAAAUCAACGGAUCCUUGCAAACCUGGUGAGGAUCGAAAAGAUAUAAAACCAGAAAUACGUUCAACCGCUGACAAAUCUGGAGAAUCUAAAACUGCCGAAUCUCAUGAACCCUCGUCGAAAACAAUAGAUUGUAGUAAAUACAAACCAGGUCAAAGCCAAAGCGAUAAAAAACCGGAAGUUCGUUCAACGACGGACAAAACUGGAGAAUCUAAUGCCGCUGGGAGUGAUAAGUCUUCCACAAAACCAAUAGAUUGUAGUAAAUACAAGGUAGGUCAGGAUGGUGGCGUCAAAAUGACUGGAAACACUUCAACAGCUGGCAAACCAGAUUCAAAGGAUCAAUCAUCAAAAUUAGUAGAUAAUAGUGAUUACAAACCAGGAAGCAGUAAAAAAGAAGAUCAUCCUCCCAAAGCAGACAACCUGGGAGAAGGACGUUCAGCAAAGAUGCCUGAAGCUCAAAGUCCUACAUCAAAACCAAUAGAUUGUAGUAAAUACAAAGUUGGUCAGGAGGAAAGUGGGAAAAAGACGGAACAUAAACCAGGAGAUCCAGGACUACGCUCAGGUGGUGACAAAUCUGGAGGAUCUGUUUCGCCUGGAGUUCAUAAACCUGAAGGACGUUCAACAGCUGGUGAACACAAAUUAGGCAAGAGCCAAAGUGACAAAAAACCAGAAGCACGCUCAACAGAUGGCAAGCCUCAAGGACGAAAUACAUUCGAUACCCAGGAACAUUCAUCAGCACCAAUAGAUUGUAGUACAUAUGAGGUAGCAGGUCAGGAUAAACGUGGAAAAACAUCAGAGAAAUCUCCAGCUUCUCGAAAAGCUGAAACAUUUAACGCAUCCGAUCACCAUAAGCCAAAAGAACAGCCAGCCGCUGACAAAUCUGAUAAACUAAAUGGGCCUGAAGCGCAUAGACCUUCAUCAAAAUCAAAGGUUUGUGCUGACCCCAAAUCCGAUCGGGAUCAGCGAAGUAAAAAGAUGGAAGGACCUUCAAUUAGUAACAAACAUGAAAGUGGUAAACCUGAAAACCAGACGUCAUCACAUAAAGAUCCACGCGAAUCUGAUAAAAAGUCAAAAGAACGUUCACUAGCAAUUGGGAAACCUGAGAAUAGUAUUAACUCCCCGGCAUCCGGAGGAGAUAAAAUUAGUCCUAAAAUGCAGUCUUUGAAAGAGGAUUGUGGCGAUAUGGGAGCAAGUGCUGUGAAAGCUUCGGCUGUAGCAGCGAAAAAAAGCGAACCACCGAUAAAUGCUGGUGCGAAAACUUCGGAACCAGGAUCACCAACGAAUGUCACAGAUAAAGGAAAGAAAGACCACAUGUCUACUUCGGGAUCCUCCUCUCCUCGUGACAUUAUCAAAGACCUCUGUAAGAAUCGCGAACGAAAAUCAACUGACGCUGCCUCAACCCAUAGUACGAAGUCGCAAGAUUGUAGGCCUGUGAUGUGCACGAAGAAGAAAGCUGCUCCACCACCACCUAAAUCUGAACCUGUCAAACGAAUAAAAGUUGAAGAGAAACCGAAGUUGUUUAAUUGUUGCCUAAAAAUCGUUGAACCUCGAAAAGUGGAAAUAGAAAAUUGUCCAAUGCCAGAACUUCCGGAUGACCAUGUGGUUGUCAAAAUGCAUUCUCUAGGACUUUGCGGAUCUGAUGUAUUCAUGUUCGUUCAGGGUCUACAAAAGACCGAGAAAACUGACAUUAGCCUGGGGCACGAAGGAGCUGGAGUUGUCUUAGAUGUUGGUCGUAAUGUAGAAAACUUGAAACGAGGGGAUGGUGUUGUAAUAGAGCCUGGCGUUCCGUGCGGUUGUUGCAAGUUUUGUAAAAAAGGACGUUAUAAUCUUUGCGAUAAAGUCAACUUUACGGGGCUUUUGUCAACAUAUGUGGGCCACCCGGCAGAGUUUUGCCAUAAGGUGCCUCGUGAAACUGAUCUAGAACUUGCAGCUUUGGCACAUCCUUUAGCAUUGGCUUUACAUGCAUGCCACCGAGGAGCGGUUUCAGUUGGGACAAGAGUUUUGGUUUUGGGUGCUUGUCCUAGAGGAUUAUCUACAGUCAUUGCAGCAAGAUCGAUGGGUGCUGAUAAAAUUGCUAUUAUAGAUACCCAAGAAAAAAAUCUUCGUGUCGCCGCGGAACUUUGCGCUGAUAUAACAAUUCUAGCAAAUCAUUCCAUGUCUUCUGGUGAACUUGCCGAGAAAGCUUUGUCUGAGAUGAAGUGUCGUCCAAAUGUGGUCAUCGAUUGUUGUGGAUGUACGAAAACUGCUGACUUAGCUGUCCUAGCCUCGGAACAAGGAGGACAUUGCGUGCUGUCUGGAUGCCAGUCAGAAACUGCGAAUCUUCCUAUUUUGCCGGCCUUAGCGAAGGAAAUCUGCUAUGAUACCAGUUUCCGAUCUGCAAACAUGUUUCCUAAAGCUGUCGGUCUCAUUUCGACCAAUCGGGCAGCGGUCUGUAAAAUGAUCACUCACCGAAUGGAAUUCUGUGAGGCCCAAAGAGCAUUCGAUUGUGCUUCCAAGGAGGCUGAAAGUGGGGCUAUAAAGGUAAUGGUCAAGUGGCCCCACUCACAUGAUGAGGGCGAAGCAAGAUUCAAGAAAUCCAAAUCGAAAGCAAAGAAACCCAGGAACUAA